GGAUGAGCCCAACUUUGGAAGCUUUCUUUGCCCUGUGACCACCUUGGAUGAAACAACCCACAACUGUGUUUGGAGCUUCAUCUGCUUCCACCCUUCUGGGUUCUAAGUUGGAGAAUUCUCACCUAAUUAACUUUCCCUUCCGACACUACUUUCUCUCUCGUGCAUUUCGGGAGGAGGUUGCUCCUGGCAACCAGCAGACUCUAGAGGGAAAAGGACCACUAGGAGCGAGGCUAGGGGUGGGAGGGGCCCCGAAGGGGCAAAGCAAGUCUCCGGGGGCGCCGCAGGAAUGCGAACCUUUCCCCACCCAAGUGACACUCCCCUCCCCCCUCCUUUAUUGUGCCCCGGGGGGUGGUUUCCAUGACAACGCUAAACAGAGGGCGGGAUCAGGCCUGGGACCGCAGCUACCGGGGCUUGAGCCGGCGGAUGGACCCUCCCCGGCCUCACACCUCACGUGGAGGAUCCUGCGUGUGAGGGGCUGUGAGGGAAUAUUCCUCCGGUUCUAUGCAGGGCCUUGGGGCUGCUCUUCUGCUGGGGGGCGGGGAGCUCGGGGCGGCGUACAAGAGGGACCCUCCCUGGUGUACAGAGCGAAAGCAGGCCGCCUACAGCUGCGAGCAGCUGUGCAAAGAGCAAGUCUGGACCAAGCCAGAUUUGAUCCCCGGAAAGCCUGAGCGCCCAGGCACGCUCGAGCCGCGGCUGGGCCAGUCUAGGUUGUGUCGCCCUAACACCUUCUGGGGACGAAACCGGCAGCCGGGGCCCGUCUCAUCCCGCCUCCAGACCCUACAUUGGCCUCGGACCACGUCGACGCAAUGGGGCCCUGGGAACCUGAGUCAACAGACCCCGGGGUCCCCAAGCGCUGGGUUGCCGCAGAACCAAGCGGGGUCCCGAGCUGCCUUGGGGUCUGGGGCUUCGGGGCGCGGAGCCACCGUCGCUUCUCCAAGAGUCCUCGCAGCCUCCCCCGAAGUCUUCUCUAACGGGGCCGCAGGCGCCAGGACUGCGGGAGCGCGGUCGCGCCCGGACGCCCAGGGUGAGUCCCCCCCGCCGCCUCUCCGCCCAGUGGACCACUUAGCCUGCGGGCACCUGUACCAUCUCCUUCCCGCGUCCGCGGACGGUGAUGGCAAGGCCAAGGUUAUCCCUCAGCCACACCCUGAGAACAGCUUUGAGCCCCUGAAUCUCUCACAGAGCCCGCGGCGUCCGCGGCUCGAAGGCCCCCAAGCUACGAUGUCUGUCUGGAGAGGGUUCCCUGGGGCCCCACUCAACAUUGACCGGCUUAAGAAUGCCAAGAUCCUGGUGCAGAGAGCCAUCAAGCAGAAGAAAGUCUUCAUGAUCCAGGGCCGCUACCCCGUGAUCCGAGGGAUCCUGCGCCGCCGGGGCUGGGUGGAGAAGAAGAUUCCCCAUUUAACAAUAGGGCCAACAUUACCUCCUCCUAGGGAACUGGACAAUCUUGGAUCUGGAGAUCAUGAAGUCCCUGAGGACUGUGAAGAAGAGGAUGAAGAUGAUGAUGAUGACGAUCAACAGACAGAUCUUGAAGAUUUAGAUGGCACUCAUGACCUUAUGUCCCGAAUGGUUCGAAAUGAAGUGCCCUAUUUCAUCUGGACCACCCGGAGGGAUGUGAUCGACUGCCGCUUUCUCUGCAAAGAGCAAAUGAUAAAUCACUAUGCUCGGGCGGGCUCCUUUACCACCAAGGUUGGCCUGUGCCUUAAUCUUCGGAACCUACCCUGGUUUGAUGAGGCCAAUGCAGACUCCUUCUUCCCACGAUGCUACCGCCUAGGAGCUGAGGAUGAGAAACAGGCCUUCAUGGAGGACUUCUGGCUGACAGCUGCACGCAACGUUCUCAAGCUGGUGGUAAAGUCAUGGGUCCCCUAUUCAGAAGAAAAUAAGCAGAGGAGAUCAUCCCCAGCUUUGUUGGAAAAGAUUCUCCGAAGCUCCUCAGGGAACAGACUUCGCAAAAAAGAAAUCAAGCAAGUGUCAUCGGAGCUGAUCGAAGAUGCUCUCCAGGCCUGUGAGGACCACCUCAGCAGUUUGGCCCAUGAGGAUAUUGACAAGACCAUGGAGCCCCAAGGGUACUCCACCCAUGCUGAUUGGACUUUUUUUCUCCAGCGCUACUACCAAGUGGUCCAUGAGGGGGCUGAGCUGAAGAAAGCCGAGUCUCACAUCCAGCGUUGUGAAGACAUCCUUCAGCAGCUCCGAGAAGUAGUGCCUCAAAUUGACAUGGAAGGAGACAGAAAUAUCUGGAUUGUGAAGCCUGGAGCCAAGUCCAGAGGUCGAGGUAUUGUAUGCAUGGACCACCUGGAAGAGAUGUUAAAGCUGGUGGAUUGUGACCCCAUGAUUGUGAAAGAUGGCAAGUGGGUGGUACAGAAGUAUAUUGAGCGACCCUUACUCAUCUUUGGUACCAAGUUUGACUUGAGGCAGUGGUUCCUAGUGACUGACUGGAACCCACUCACUGUCUGGUUCUAUCGAGACAGUUAUAUUCGCUUUUCCACUCAGCCCUUCUCUCUGAGGAACCUGGACAGUUCUGUGCAUCUCUGCAACAACUCCAUCCAGAAGCACUUUGAAAACUCUAACAUUCGCCACCCCUUGCUGCCCCAUGACAACAUGUGGUGCAGCCAGAAGUUCCAGACUUACCUGAAGGAGGCAGGGGCACCUGAGGCUUGGGCAGAUGUCAUGGUUCCAGGCAUGAAGGCUGCAGUCAUCCAUACACUGCAGACUUCUCAGGACACUGUGCAAUCCCGAAAGGGCAGCUUUGAGCUGUAUGGGGCUGACUUCGUGUUUGGAGAAGAUUUCCAUCCUUGGCUGAUUGAGAUCAAUGCCAGCCCGACUAUGGCACCUUCCACAGCUGUCACCACCCGACUCUGUGCUGGAGUGCUAGCCGAUACAUUGCGUGUAGUCAUAGACCGUCGGCAAGACCGAAACUGUGACACUGGUGCUUUUGAACUUAUUUACAAGCAGGCAGCUGUGGAUGUACCCCAUUAUGUGGGUAUCCGACUAAUGGUUGAAGGCUCUCCUUUGAAGAAGCCUCUGACUGUCCGUACCAGAAGAGGUGGCCCCCGUCCACUGACACAUCGACACCAUAGGGAGCCCAAGGGUUCAAAGCGUAAGGAGGCUAAAGAGUCCAUGCCUAAGGAGGCUAAAGAUUCCAUGCCCAAAGAGGCUAUAGAAUCCAUGCCUAAGGAGGCUAAAGAUUCCAUGCCCAAAGAGGCUAAAGAGUCCAUGCUUGAAGAGGCUAAAGAGUCCAUGCCUGAGGAAGCCAAGGAUUCCACACCUGUUACCUGCAAAUCAUCAGGGUAUUCCCAGUAUCUAGGGAAAGCCCAAGGAGGCAGGAAGAAGUUGGGGCCCAUUGAGAGAACUCUCUCCAUAAGCAUGAGAAAGAAGAAAGUCAACACCAAACAAUGCAUAGGGACUGACCAGGCCAACUUCCAGAAAUGGGAUAUCCAUAGUCCCAAGAUGACCAACUUCUUCAAUACAUCAGAUGCCAUUGUCAGUCAGGGAAAACAGCUUCUCUCUGGGAACAAACAUCAGCUGUUUACAAAGAACCCCUUGUCUCUAGAUGAGGAAACUAAGGCCCAGAAACAGGAUGUGCUUUACCCAAGAGUCAGAAGGAUUACCCUGCCACCUUGCUAAGCCUGUGUUGCCAGGUUACCGACCACCCAAACCUCACACCUUCCUUCUCAAACUUCCACUCCAAAAACCACCCUGCCAGAACCUCCGUGCCACAGGCAGGGGUUUGCUUAAGUUUCCGGCUCAUAAAGAGCCUGUUCCCAAUUGUAGGAAGCAGGCCAAGGUGGGCUUCAAACCCUGAGGGUCCUGGGAGGGGGCUGAUUUGUGCUGAGACCUGGGAGAGUUUGGGGAGGGGAAAGGAGGGAAAAGAAUUUCUCAUGGUCUAGGCUGAGCCAGUGGGAGCUGACCCCUGUUUGGUCUAAGCCCCUUGGCCCCAGCAAAGUGUCCCCAGUUUAGAACCUUGGCUGUGAUCAAGCCCAAAGAAGCACAAGAGGCAAGUGAUAUAUGUUCUUUGGUUUCACCCCAAAGUUGUAUUCACAGAAGUGGGAGGGAGGCAAGCUAAUUGCCCUUUAUUGACCCCUUAUCCCUUCUCCUGAGAAAUUCUCAUCAGCUUUUCCCCAUAGCCUGAAAUGACAGUUGUAGUUCACUCAGAACUCCAUCCACCCAAAACACCGAAAAAGGAAAUGCCUGUGAGCCCCAGUUGCUCGAAGAUGAAAUGCAGCUUCCUGCCACCUUUAGCAACUAGAAGCCGAGGCUUGAAAACACACCAAAUUUUGACGAAUUCUCUUAUAAAGAAUCCCAAAGUUCACGACUCCUGCUGGCACCUGACUCCCAGAAGAGAAUUCCAAGCAAUAGAGACCAUGCAACUAAACUCCUGGCCACAUUUCUUAUUUACCACUCAAUAUAAGAUCUGGCCAAAGAAACCACUUUGGGCCAAAAAAAAAUAGGAUUGAGAUACA